AAGCGCGCGUUAGACCGCACGUGACGUAAGAUGGCGGAGUUUCCGUCAGAGUUGCUUGCACGUCCGUUGCCUCUCGUAGCCCUUGUGGGACUGGAUGUCGUGCACAAUGCAGUGCAUCGCAUGAUAUGGCACACGUUUGCAGUGGAUCGUCGGACCGAUAGAGCUCCCAUCAACUUUCAGUGUUUUCCUGGAGAUCACGACUAUCCAAAAGCAAAAGCAAAAAGGACAACAUACGAAAGCUACACACCGAAGGGAAUACUAAAACAAAACUGGAUCAAAAAGCAUCUGCAGCAGGUACCGGCUGUGCUUGCUCUGUUUUAUGAUUUGGAUUGGGAAGAUCAACAAUGGAAAGAGCGGCAGAUAGAGUGUGCUUCAAGAGUUGAAUCAAUGAGAGCUGGUCUACAAGGUCACAACACUAAAGUUGCGCUCGUCUUGAUUCAAACGAGAUCUACAAACUUAUCAGGAGACGAUGUUGUUGCUCGUGAGCGGGCAGCCAUGCUAUGCAACGAAUGUAACCUUUCAUCCAAUUCUCUCUUUUUUCUUCCAACUGCUGACAGACUGUUGGGUUACAUCAUGAGACUGGAGACAGAAUUUUAUGAAUUAUGUCAACAGUAUUAUCAAGGAGAGUGUCGGUUGAUAAAGAAUCGACGGGAACUUCUUCACAGGCCAACUCAAUUGUUUUUGUUUGUUCGGCAUCAGUUCAAGAUAGCUUUCUACAGUGAAAUGAGGCAAGAUACUGCGUUUGCUCUCAGACAUUAUUUACAAGCUGAUAAUUUUAUCCACGAAGCAAAGGCAAACAAAUACAACUUAUUAGAAUUACAGUUUGUUUCUGGAUUUAUCACCUACAAAAUCUGCAAGUUCUGUUUCCAAACUGGACAGCCACGUGACGCCAUUGCUCAAUUUCGUCGCCAUAUUGACUUUUACAGAGAUCUGAGUGGCUAUCGAGAUCUUGAAUUCGAGCACUAUGCCUGGCUCUCCAAACAAUUCAAUUUGUUUGCGGAGCUCUUUGACAAAGCUGUAGAUAAUGGACUGGAAGCUAUUCAGAUUCUACAUCCAGGCUUCUUUUACCAUCAAGCAGCAAUAUAUGCCUCUAUUCGGAAACAACUAUGCGAGAUGUUGUGCAGUUCUCAAGCUCACAAGAAGACAAGCAAGGAAGUCAGUCUGCAAGCUUCUGAAUUCUUUGGACAACGACAUUGGCGUCUUGGACUUAUCGAUUCAGAACCAUCUAGUGAAGAAGAGGAAAGUGAAGGGAUAUUUCUAGUGCAAUGUCAGGAGACCAAAGUCGAUCAUUCUGCAAUCAUUGUAAGUCUACUAGCCAAUGCUGUCAAUCAAUUCAACCGACACAGAUCAUCAAGAAUGCGACAAUUUCUUCGAGUUCAGAUGGCCAAUGAAUAUUAUUAUGCUGGCGACUUCAUCAAGGCUCUGAAACUGUUCCAGUACGAUAUGUGGGAAUAUCGUAAAGAACAUUGGUGGCUGUUUCUCACUCCCAUCUUGAAGACCGCUUUGAAAUGUGCCUACUUGUCAGCUGAUUGGCAACAAUAUGUGACCAUAGGACUGGAACUUGUUGGAAACCAGCCCAUUGGAAUGUCAAAUGAUGAACGAUCUCGAAUUUUGACGAAUUUGAUUCGCAUUGUCUCAAAUGAACCACCAGAGCCGGAACCCGACUGUGUGGCUCCAGCUACUGAUGAAGUUUUACAGUUGUGGCAAGAACCUGCAAAGAAAGAGAGCAGGGAGACUGAAAGCCAGCAUGCUGACCACAAGUUUCUUGUGGUUCAUAUGAAAGAAAUGGCAGGAUUUGUUCAAUGUAAAGCAAACUUUUUGGAGUCAGAAGCUAAGGCGGAUUCUCCUGUUAUCGUAUUGGUGCACCUUCGAUCGACUGCUCCUUUACCGGUGCGUUUUUCAAAACUGUCAGUGUUCUUCAACAUUGAAGCAUACAAUCAACACUGUGUGUUAACUGAUAGUGAAAGCUUAAUACAAGAUAGAACUGAAAGAGUCAACGAUGUGUCACAAGUUGCAUCUGCUGAUUUCUGUCUCGUACCAGGAAAAAUUAGCACUUACAAGAUGAUGUUUGCUGCUCUGCCUGAAAGUGUCAACGAUCGCAUAGAAAUCACAUCUGUUACUCUUGAGUUGGGAUCACUUUCGACUGGCCGGUGUGCAGUUUUAUCAUGGGAACAUGGAGGAGGCGAUGCAGGAUUUAAACCUUAUCCAGAAGAGAGUGAUGAGUGGGAUUUAGUGAAAACACAGCCCAUUAUACAAAUUAAACCGAAAGAUUCACUGCUUGAUCUGGAGCUAAGACAUCAACAACCUGCCCUAAUUGGUGAAUUCUACUCUGUUGAAGUUGUCCUUACUGUAAAGGAAGCAUCACUAAUGAAUGAUGUCAAGUUGCUUCUCGGUCUGAAAGAGUCCACAGCUGACGCAGUGCCAAAUACAUACGUCUGCUUAGACAAACCCGAUCCAGAUCCGAUAAAAAAGCUCAAGUUUGUGUCUAUUGAAUUAGGUUCCCUCCAACCAGGAUCACAGUAUCGGCGACAUUUAUUUCUCAAAGCUGAACACCAGGGAACGAAAACUGUUGCUGCCAGAAUUCUCUACAACAUCAAUGUCACUGUUGAACCUUUGAACACAGACGUGCUGUGUAGUUGCAUGAAAGAAACGUUUUCUCCUGUACAGAUCAUCUCUCCAUUUGAUGUGACAUUGAAGCUGGCCACAAUUAUGAAGUUUGAGACAAUUGACCGAAUUCAUGCUGGAGAGCCAUUUUUCAUUAUGUCAGACAUCAGCUGCUUGUCGCCUUGGCCAAUUAGUAUUAUCACAAGCCAACUUGAAAUAAUGCCUCCUGUGGAGAGUCCUGAUGGUGAUUUGAUGUCUCAAAUAGAAGAAGUUACUCUUUGUAAGGACGACAUUGCAUCAGAGUGUCACUGCUUGGUGGUACCAUGCAGUUCAAACAUACCCAAAGCAACAGCAGUCGGUCAAUAUACCAUCAAGUGGAAGAGAUCAGCUGCUGUAUCUGAUGACUUCAAUGUCACUACUCUUUUGGCUUUGCCAACUAUUGUCAUUGAAACCAUACCAUUCUGGAUAGAAACAGAUUUACCAGCUUACGGCUCGGUCAGUUCUGCAUUACCCGCUCGGUACACAUUUCACAAUCGUACAAAUCGAGUGCAAGAAAUGAAAAUCGAAUUGGAUUCAAGUGAUGCCUGUCUCUUCUCUGGUUACAAACAGAUAAGUUUUAGAGUUCUUCCACAUGGCAAACACUCAUUGACAUUCAAUUUGCUACCUCUAUCAGCUGGCAACGUCUUCCUCCCUCGAUUACGUCUCAGUCUUCCUCUUCACCCGACACCCUUACCAUUAGACACGCUUGUGCAGGGAAUGCUUCCUUCCAGUAUAUUUGUAAAGCCUGCAAACACACCCGAUGCUUUGCCAACUGCUCUCCAGGAGGUCGAUCAGAGCAGUAGAGGACGGUAAAAUGACCCAACAAUUACUUGACUGUAUAACACAGCCAACUGUAUUUAUAUAGUUACUUACACCAGGUU